AUUCUAAUGUUAUAGUAUUUCACUUCGGGUGCGACGCUUGUUUGGUGCUGAAUAAUUCUAGUGUGCGGGUCGGGAGAAAGUAAACUUUUUAAAAUUUUCUUAUUUGAGUUGCAGCACGCAAUCUUUAAAGCAAAACUUUCGUCAUCAAAAGAGGUGUACAAUGCCAUCAAACUGCAUAUUUGAGUUCGAUCGCCCUGAACCGAUUUACUAUAGUGGGGAAACGAUCAAUGGACGAGCCAUUCUUACAACAACAUCUGAAAAGUCAGUAAACGAGGUAUACAUACUAUUCGAGGGAGAGGCGAAGGUGCGAUGGGAUGAGCGCAAGACUAGGAGCAGAAAUGGAAAAACGGAGUACUAUACGGAGCACUUUCGGGGCAAGCAGACGUAUUUGAACACUCGCACCAAUGUCUUCGGAUCCGGAAAUCUCCCAGCUGGUACGCACACCUAUACCUUUUGUAUCCCCCUGCCUCUGGAAUGCCCCUCAUCGGUGGCGGUACAGUACGGUAAGAUCUGUUACGAGAUCACCGUGGUCAUCGAUCGCCAGUGGCGCUUCAACAACAUCUUUAAGCAGCCACUGACGGUACUGCAGACCUACAACCUAAACAUGAGUCCUCAGUUGCUGAUGCCCCUAGUGAGAGAGGACAUUAAGCACUUCUGCUGCUGGCCCUGCAGAUCGGGUCCAGUACUCUCCACACUCACAAUACCCUUUGGCGGCUACGCACCUGGGCAGAAGAUCCGCUUCUCCUUGGAAAUCGACAACCAAUCGAGUGGCUAUGACUUGGACGGUAUCGAAGUUCAACUGAAGCAGACCUACAGGUUCCAGGCCCAAACUCCUCACCACAAGACUCGCGAGAUGGAACACAUUCUAAACCAAUUUGGUCAGGAGGAACGGGUGCUGCGGCUGUCAAAGAAGAUAAUUGAAGGCACGCUAGCUAUUCCGGCGGUGCCGCCCUCUUCCCGCUCUAAUGGCAUCAUAUCGGUCAGCUAUCAAGUUAUCCUGUCGAUCAACACUGGUAGCUGCCACGUGGACUCAGACUUUGAGGUGCCGAUUGUCAUUGGCACCAUUCCAUUAAUCCAGAGCGCUGAGAACCCCGCGCAUGUGUCCGAGUGGAUACCGCAAACACCAGACACUCCGGCCGGAGCUGCAGCUGACCUGCCUCCCAGCUACGACAAGUGCAAACCACCGACUUUCGAGGAGGCCACCAAUUUUGGCGAAAGGUUUAUAGAUAUCGACGUGGACGAGCACAACCGCACGGAUGACUUCAUACCGCGUUAUCCAAUGUACACUAACUUUGCCUUGCCAUCGGCGCCCCCACUUCUAACAGAAGAACCGGGUUCUUCUCUUCAACAACCCGUUCCCGUCCUGUCCCUACCUCAUGACGCCAGUGCCCCAUUGAUCGAAGGCAGCUCUAUUGAUCGCCCUUCACCAUCUUACGGCUGGAACUCGAACUCUUAGAAAUAAUGGAUUUUACUCGUCUACUAAGCUUAGCUUUUUUGCGUGUAUGAACUUGAACCGACCAAAUUUAAUUUUAAUGUAUUUUGUGCCAUAUGUAAGUGUUUCAAUACCAUAGGUAAUACCAUAGGUCAGGCAUCUAAGAACAAAAGCAUUGGAACCUCAUUACCAUUAUAUCAUUUUGAGCAAUAUACCUAUACCCCCGAUGUUUUGGUUUAAAGAAUCUUACAAUCAAAAUUUUUACUUUAUUCAAAAGUUGUUUUACAAUCUCCUAAAUAAUAUUAUCACUUUUUUUUAACUCGAAAGUUGUAAUUCUGUUUUUUUUUAAUUUGAUAUUGAAGUUUUAGCACAAACCCUAAAGUACUUCCAAAAGAAAUAAAGGAAACUUGCUAUAACAAAAUUUAUUUUUAAAAUCAAUGAAGUUACAAAAAUUUUGUAAUUUGCUGUAUAAGGAAUCCUUUUAUAUUUUAAAAACGAAAAAUUCUUUUCGACAUCGACAAAAAAAAGUAUAUCUUUUUGUUGAAAUCCCCAGAUUAUUUAAAAAAUUAAUCAAUUUUUGUAUUGCUCGACCAAUUGUUUGCGAAAUUUAAAUAUUCUCUGCGAGAUUAUAACAAACAAAUAUACAACAAUCUAACUUAGUAGAAAAUAUGAUAUUUAUAUAUUCAGAAUCUCCAUAUUCCUCCUAUUUCUAUUUAAGGAAUCUAAAGGGCUACCUCAUAUAAUAAGCGCUCUUGUAAUAAAAUAAAAAUGUAGUUUUUGAAUGCUUACAUUAAAAUAAGGGAUGCAAAAGCUUAAAAGAUUUUUUUUUAAAUACAACCUGAAAAA